UAAAAGAGCGCCACCCAAAGUCUGUCUUAUCAGCCCAUUCAUGGCCAAUCUUAUACAAACCACCCACCCCACAUAAAACUCAAUAUUUCCACUCUCCCACCACUCCAAAACCUCUGAAUCCAAAUUGGUCAUGGCGGAGCAACAACAGCAAGAAGAAACUCCAAUCCAUGGUGACGUAUUGGAAGCCGUGCUCUCGCACGUGCCUCUCAUCGAUCUCCUUCCAGCCUAUUACGUAUCAAAAUCAUGGAAACGCGCGGUUUCCUCGUCUCUCCUUCACGUCAACACCAUCAAACCCUGGCUCAUUGUUCACGCGCAGUCCACCAGGUCCCCUUACUCCAUCACCACGCACGCUUACGAUCCCCGCUCGCGCGUCUGGAUCCAGAUCCACCGUCCGUCUGUUGUUAACUCCAUCUCUGCCCUCCGUUCCUCCCACUCCACGCUUCUCUACAUGCUCUCCCCUUCCAAGUUCGCCUUCUCCUUCGACCCCCUCCACCACACCUGGCACCACGCGGAUCCUCCGCUCGUCUGGCGGGCCGACCCGAUCGUUGCUAUGGUCGGCCACCUCAUCGUCGUCGCUGGCGGCGCGUGUGACUACGAGGACGAUCCCCUAGCGGUCGAAAUUUACGACCUUAAGUCCCGCGCGUGGGAGAGGUGCGAUUCCAUGCCGUCGAUUCUGAAAGAUUCAGCGUCGUCCACGUGGCUCUCGAUUGCCGUUGACGGUUACAAAAUGUAUGUGACUGAGAAAUGCUCCGGUACGACUUACGCAUUCAACCCGAGCUCCAAGACGUGGUUCGGACCGUUCGAUCUUCGUCCGGAACCAACCUGUUUUUGCUGGGCCAUCGGAUUCGCCGGUGGAAGUAUGCUCGUAGUGGGUCUUUUGGGAAACUCCGAGGAUGUCAAAAGCUUAAAAAUGUGGGAAGUCAGAGGGGAAUCUUUGGAGUGCAAAGAGAUUGGAGAGAUGCCGACCAGUCUGGUUGAGAAGCUCAAGAGCGACAGUCCCUAUGUGUCGUCGAUCGCUAUGAGCACGAUGGGUAAUUUCGUCUAUUUACACAACCAGUCAGACCCUAGGGAGGUGAUCCAGUGCGAGAUAGUGGACGGGAUGUGCAGGUGGGGGAGCGUUCGGAAUGCGGUGGUGAACGAUACGACACGAAUGCAGAGGAUGGUGCUAUCGUGCGGUGACGUGGGAAUGAAAGAUUUGCAUACGGGCAUGGCCAUGGGGCUGAAGACUAGGAAUUUUGAAGUGAUACAUUCUGAUUAAAGUGGGAAAUUCUGCGAAUCAAAUUGUAUGCGUGGCACGCUGUCAUUGGAUCAACAAUCAAUUGAUCUCUGGGAGUUCAUUUAAAAACGGUGAUGUCUUUUAGCAAUUUAUUAGAAUUAAUAAGUUUAUACUCGCACAAAAACAAAACAAAAAGUUUGUCAAAAAUGUUGUAACGGAACAGUACAACAUAUUCUAAAAAUGGUGGUUGUGUUUGCCUCAGCAUUACAACGGAACAGUACAAACGUUGUAAUAAGGCGAAUUACUAUUUUAUCAGCGUAUGGUGGAUAGUCACAUGAAAGGAAUAGUUUGUGUCUUUAAUUGGAUUGAGAAAUUAUGUAAAUAGCAUAUGGAUAUAAAUUAUUUUUAAAUUGCUAAGCAAAUAAUAUUAUAAAUUUUAUA